AUGCAGAAGCUUUCAAUGGGCGGCCGGCCAAACAUGAAAGAAUUCGGCCGGGCCCUGGCCAAGAUGCACUUGGCGGAGCCAGCCGAUGCAACUGCAAAGGAGGGAAACUUUGGAUUCGAGGUUGACAACACCAUCGGCGGCACGCCGCAGUCGAAUACAUGGACGAGCGACUGGGUGGAAUUCGUGCGAGAGCACCGCUUGGGAGCCCAGGUUCGGAUGGCAGGAAGCACCGAGCUUCAGCGUACGUGGGAGCAGGUCUUGAAGGAAACCAACAACCUCAAGGACUUGUUCACAGAUGUGGAGGUCAAACCGUCUAUUCUCCACGGGGAUCUUUGGAGUGGUAAUUACGAGAAGACACCUGAUGGGGUGGCCAUUUUUGACCCAGCGACUUACUACGGACACCAUGAAGCAGAAUUCGGCAUGUCCUGGUGCGCCGGCUUCAGCA